ACAAGGAACCUGAUCAUUGAUCCGUUGUUGCUUCUAACGCUCCCUCAGACUCCGAAAAGUGUUUUUUGUUGGAACGAAACAAUUGUCGCACGACAUGGACAUUCCUUCAUCACCUGGCAAGUUCAAGGAGAAAAGGACAAAAUGGCACAAAACUCUACCAAAGUUAACAUUUUGGUCCAUUCUAUUUUGUGGUGUCAUCUAUUUCCUUUUCUUCAGAACACCUUCAUCAUUUUCUUCAGACGCGCGUCGAUCAUUAAGAACUUAUACUUACGGAGGUGCAGCGUGGGAAAAUAAGGUCCUUUCGUCUGCAAGAGUUGCUUCCAAAAACGGAGUCUCUGUGCUCGUAACCGGUGCAGCAGGUUUCGUUGGAAGCCAUGUCUCUAUUGCACUCAAACGCCGAGGCGAUGGUGUUCUUGGUCUUGACAAUUUCAAUGACUACUAUGAUCCAUCAUUGAAACGCGGUCGUCAAGCACUUCUAGAACGAACUGGCGUGUUCAUUGUCGAAGGCGAUAUCAAUGAUGCAGCACUUUUAAAGAAACUUUUCGAUAUUGUUCCUUUCACUCAUGUAAUGCAUUUGGCUGCACAAGCUGGUGUGAGAUAUGCUAUGCAAAAUCCUGGAUCAUAUGUUCAUAGUAACAUCGCCGGUUUCGUUAAUUUACUCGAAGUUUGUAAAGCUGUUGAUCCACAACCUGCUAUAGUUUGGGCAUCAUCUAGUUCAGUUUAUGGAUUAAAUACAAAAGUACCCUUUUCAGAAAAAGAUAGGACUGAUCAACCUGCUAGUUUAUACGCUGCUACGAAAAAAGCCGGAGAAGAAAUCGCCCAUACUUAUAAUCAUAUCUAUGGACUAUCAUUAACAGGUUUGAGAUUUUUCACUGUUUAUGGACCUUGGGGAAGACCUGAUAUGGCAUACUUUUUUUUCACAAAGGAUAUUUUGAAAGGAAAACCAAUACCGAUUUUCGAAGCAGCAAAUCAUGGAACUGUUGCUAGAGAUUUUACUUAUAUUGAUGAUAUUGUGAGAGGAUGUUUAGGUGCAUUGGAUACUGCUGAGAAGAGUACAGGUAGCGGUGGUAAGAAGACCGGUCCGGCACAGUUGAGGGUUUUUAAUUUGGGAAAUACAUCGCCGGUUCCGGUUAAUAAUCUUGUUACUAUUUUGGAGAAGCUGUUGAAGGUUAAGGCUAAGAGAAAUAUAAUGAGGUUGCCGCGAAACGGUGAUGUUCAGUUUACUCAUGCUAAUAUUAGUUACGCGAAAAAAGAGUUUGGUUAUAAACCUACGACGAAUUUAGAGACUGGUUUGAAGAAUUUUGUUAGGUGGUAUCUUAAUUACUAUUCUGCUGGGAAGAAAGCUGAUGAGUAA